AUGAAGCGCAUCAGUCAAUUGCCCCUGGCGAAUGGCCUGAAAGGUCUACGAAUAUACAAAUGUCAAUCUCUAGCUCCAUUGAGCCAAAGGUGUAUACACACAACUCCACCAUCGCCCGCAACAGUUGCACCUGCCGCAUUCACGGCAUCUGGACCACCGCCAGCUGCACCAACUCCCAGCGCCGAGCAUGUUGAUAUCCGGGUGGCUAGGAAGAGGAAGCAAGCAGAGUUACUCAAGAGGGGUCAAGAUAUGAGAGCUGUGGCUAGUGGAAAAGGUGGUGGAACGGCGAAAAUGAAGAGGUUCUGGAAGGAUGUGAAUAUACAGCAUACGGAAGAGGGAUUGCAGAUUUUCCUCGACAAACGAGCUCUUCGACGACCUUCCAAAGAAAUUCUCACAAUACCACAUCAUAAGCCACAUUUAGCAUCAGCGAUUGCCCUCGAAUGGGAUCUCCUCGUAUCAGCACAACAAGCUUUGAAAACCCAUCUUAUCCCAAUGACAUCUCUCGUGAACCGGGCUCUUGACAUAAUAGAUGAAGAAAAAGAGGGGAGGAAUACGAUAAGAGAUAACAUUGUCACAACUGUGAUGCGAUAUCUCGAUACAGAUUCCCUCUUAUGUUGGGCACCUGAAGCACCUGAAGAUCCACCAGGAUAUGAAAGUCAUGUCGACAGAGUCGAAAGUCUACGAAGCAUUCAGAGGAAAUCUGCAGAACCUAUAAUCCAAUUCUUGUCUGAGAAGGUUUGGCCUGGGGUGGAACUUAUCCCGGUUUUGGACGCCGAUAGUAUUGUACCUAAGAGUCAACCACAAAUGACUAAGGAUAUAAUAAGAGGAUGGGUCUCCGGAUUACCUCCCUUUGAGCUUGCAGGGUUGGAAAGGGGUGUAUUGGCCGGAAAGGGUCUACUUGGAGCUGCACGAUUAGUAGUUGAGUGGAGUACUGAAUUUACCAAUUUACGAGAUGACACUGCUAAAAAGACAUUCGGCGUAGAAGAGGCAGCCAAACUUGCAAGCUUGGAGGUGGAUUGGCAAAUUGGUAUGUGGGGAGCUGUUGAAGAUACACAUGAUGUUGAGAGAGAAGAUAUCAGGAGGCAAUUGGGAAGUGUAGUAUUACUUGUAUCUGGGCAAAGGAAAUAG